CUUCUUUUUUUUUGUUUUUUAUCUCUGCACCGAACGCAAGGUUGUUCAUUUGAUCGUGAACAGCUGUUUGAAUAACAACGUAUAGUACUGUAGACUUCAUUUGAGUCUCGUAAUAAGCCGUACGGACUUUCAAUGCCGAACGGUGAAAAAAGUUUGCACCACACUUUUAUCUGAAGUUCUUCAAAAACGUUAUCGCAAAAUGGAGGAUUCGAGGCAAGAAACAAACGAGUCCUCUUCCACAGAAUCCGACACCCAUCAGGAGUCCGGUGAAAAUAUGGAUUUUGAGGACAGUCAGGACUCUCUUUGGACCACACAAUCAACAUCAAAUACAACAUUUGAUUCCCAUAAACAUAAUCCUGAUUUGGAAAGUGUUGACAGUGAUGAGGCUGUUACUGUUGAAAACAGUGUGAAUAUUGAAGAAGAUUUGUUGUCUGGAAUUGGCAAACAGAAGCCAAAACAUAAAUGGAAUGCACUGAUAGCACUCACUCAAAGAAACCUUGGGACAUCUAGCCACAAAAACAUGGACAAUGCAUUUAACGCAAAAUGUCAUGGAUCUUUGAGGUUCGUACAGCGCUUGGAAUUGGCUUUCAAAAUGGAUUGUCACAAUGGUUGUGUGAAUGCUCUUCACUUCAACUCAAGUGGAUCAAGACUAGCUAGUGGAUCAGAUGAUCUUAGUAUCAUAAUUUGGGAUUGGAGCCGUGCUGAACCUGUUGUCAAUUAUGACAGUGGACAUAGAGGCAAUGUGUUUCAGGCAAAGUUUUUACCUUUGUGUGGUGACACUCACAUAGUUUCUUGUGCUCGAGACGGACAUAUCCGGCUUGCUGAACUGUCACCAAGUGGAGUGUUUCAUUCCACACGUCGAUUAGGCCUACACCGAGGUCCUGCUCAUAAAUUGGCUCUUCUUCCAGACACACCUCAUGUGUUCCUUACUGCGGGAGAAGACGGAGUGGUUUUUGAAGUAGAUGUCAGACAAAGCAAACCCAACAAAUUACUUACAGUUAAACAUUGCGAACGAAAAAUAGCGCUGUAUAGCAUAUCAACUCACCCAAUUGAUACGACCGAGUUCUGCGUUGGCGGGAGAGAUCAGUUUGUUCGUAUUUACGACCGCCGUCAUAUUUCUUCGAAUUCUGAGUCAGCCACAGUUAGAAAAUCUUGUCCACGUCAUUUGGUGGAUUCCUCUGUCCGAGCUCACGUAACCAGCGCUGUUUACAAUUUUAACGGAUCCGAACUCCUUGCUAGCUACAAUGAUGAAGACAUUUACUCAUUUGCUUCGGAUUGUGUUGAAGGAUCAGAUUUCUUACAUCGUUACAGUGGACACCGCAAUAACGCAACUGUUAAAGGAGUAAAUUAUUAUGGGCCCAGGAGUGAGUUUGUUGUAUCGGGGUCAGAUUGUGGAAAUAUUUUCUUCUGGGACAAUAGCACCGAAGCCAUUGUACAAUGUAUACCGGGCGAUGAAAAUGGAGUGGUUAAUUGUCUUGAGCCUCAUCCAAGUAUUCCUGUCUUAGCAACGAGUGGUUUGGAUGAUGAUGUGAAAAUAUGGACCCCAAAAUGUUUUGAUGAACCCCAGCUAUGGGACCUUAAAAAGACAGUGAAAACAAAUCACCAAGAAAGGGAAGAAGAGCGCCGACGUGAGCCAGACACUAUUUCGGGCGAACUUCUUUGGGUGCUUUGGCGUCAUGUUCGCAGAACUGAAAGGAGACGCAGGCAACAGCAGCAGCGUACGUCCAGUCAAGAAAGGAAUGACGGAAAUGUAACAUCUAGCAGCGAUGAGUCAGACGUUUCUGAAAAUGAUGAAGGUCCAAGAGGAGUCCAAUGUGCGCCUUCCUAAAAAAAUGUUAAAUAAUGGAAGACUUGAAUUAUGUUUGUACUCUUAAAAUGUAAUUGAGAAAAGCAAUUAGUCCUACCUGAGUUAUCUGAUGCUGAUACUGAUCUGUUAUAACUGGGGCGACCCAGAAAAAAAGAUCCUAUGUAACAUUUUUUGUUUUCUAUAAUAUGCAUUGAAACCCACUGGUGUGGUAGGCUUUCCGAUCAGAAUAAAUCGAUAAAACUACA